AUGGAAAAGACUUUCAGGUGUUCCUGCAUUUGAUUAUUAAAUUCUGUAAAGGGACUGUGAUCAGUCAAAAGAAACUGCCAUUUCUUAAUUACAAUUCUACUUCGCACCUUUUUGUGGGUGUAAAAAAUUAAUUUUCUGGAUAGUGAAAUUUUUCUUUCCUACGAUUCUUUGAAUUUGGUGAUCCUGCAGACCUUAUAGGAGCUGGGAUCUGUCUUUCAUACUAUUUAAUAAUGCAUCAGUGUGUAAACUUAUGGUGAUUAUAAAUGACCCGUACAUUUUCCAAUAAAGUCUAGAUGUCGUAAAUCUAAAUGUGUUGUAAAUUUUAUGCCCAAUUUCCUGCAACAUACUUCAGACGAUAUUUUAGGGUGGUGGUUUUUGUAUCAUAAAAAUUUUGAGAAGAACAAAGUGUUUGUUGACAAGGGUAGUGUUGAAGUACCCCUUGCUCUUUUUCCAAUGUGUUGAGACUAUUUCGAGUGGUCUAACAGUUACUAGCUGGAAUGGAUUUGGAUUAUGACCAACUCAGGGGAAUCAGAACAAGAUUCACUAAUUGUCUACAUGAUCUUGAGGAGCAGAGACAGAUGAACAAACAGGCAGCACAUGAUCGCAUGAUGGCAGUGGCUCGGGCCAAAGAUCAGCUCAAACAGGAAAUGUUACAGGAGAUAGACAGAGUCCGCGAAAAACUCAAACAGGAACAUAGACAAGAAAUAGAGCGCUUACAGAACACUAUACGCAGACAAGAGGAGGAGCUCUGUAAUCUACGAGCCGAGAGGAAGCUUUACGUCAGACCCGAGCUGGAAAACUCUCUCGACCGAGUAGAGAGGACAAUCGUCAACGAAAUAAACGAGGAAUGUCGACGCAACUCUGGUGUUCUAGGCAGCAGUCCACGCAAAGUCAAUCUCAAAAACUUCCAAGUAGAAAACGGUGGUUACACUCCCAAUGGCAGAAGUCGAACACCUACCACGGCAGCUCUAAUUCAGCCCACAGAUAACAAAGAGGCAAACCUCAGGGCCUGCAACCAAGACCUACGUAAUCAUGUGACAGAGUUAAAAAGGGAAUUAGAAUUACAGAAAUCAGCUCUAAUGAGGGUAGAAAGAGAGAAGGAUGACCUUGUGCAGAAUGUAAAGAAAGAGAUAGAAAUAGAAAAGAAUAAAGAGCUGGAAAAGAUGAAACAGAGUCUGAUGAAGCAGGUGCCAGCACUGGAAUACAAUGGCUACAAUGUGCACAAACCCAACAAUCAAAUGCAAUAUAACAACAAACUGGUGUCCACCCCCCACUUUGAGUACAGUCCCCGGGGAGAGGUACAGAAUUACGAGAUAGGGAGACUGGAGAGAGAAAUCCGCCGACUCGCAGAGAACCAAAAGCAAAUCAUUCAUCAAAAUGCUUCAGCAGUAGAACAUGAUAUUCAGAAUGAAAAAAUGAUAAACCAGUUAAAAGCCAAGGUCAUGCAGCUUCAAGAUGAAAAUGUAGCUCUGAAAAGCAGCAAGUUUAAUUCCUACUCUGUCCCUGAUCUGUCAAAUCCGUCACACUAUCGCUCAUCAGCAUCCCUACACCAGCCUACACACAGAGAGAAGUUAGCCCACUAUCUGGAGCAGCGGUCUAAGGAGGGACUGAUAGACACUGAGACCGUGUCAGAACACCAGAGGAUGAACAGGAACAUGAUGUCACAGAAAAUGAUGGAGAUGACGCGGCUACAGAACUCCCUCACUGACCAGGCCAAGGAUUUGAUUCACCUGAGUAAAUCCUACCACCAGCUGAACAAGAGGUCUCCAUCCCCUGUAAAGGACCUGAACAUCACCCAGUGACAGGAGGGGGGGGCAGUAACAGGGAGGGGAGGGGUAGAAUGUGGUCAUUAGUUUUAUCUGUAUUUGUUACAGGACCUGAUUUACCUGGGAAAGUCUUAUAAUCACCUGGACAGGUACUACCACCCACGGGAAGCCUGGUACUCCGUGCACGACCAUAACCAGUACUGAAUGUAAUCAUGUAAUAAUGUAAUAUCCAGUACUGAAUGUAAACCUGUAAUAGCCAUUACUGACUGCACUGAAUGUAAACAUGUAAUAGCCACUAAUGACUAUAAUCAUGUAAUAAUGUAAUCGCAGGUACUGACCAUAAUCAUGUAAUAAUGUUAUCAUUUUUGAUAACAUUUAUAGUAACCAUUACUGAGUGUUAUCAUAAAUGUAAUAGCAUUUGUGUAAUCACAUUUCUAUUUUUGUGAUUUCUUAAUUACAAUAUAUGUAAUUAUGAUUCUAGCAUUAAAAAUAAUUUCUAUUGUUACAAAUUAAUAUAUUAAUUAUCGAUUGUAUGAGCUUUAAUACACAAAUUGCAAUGACAUUUGUAGUCAAUCUCUUAAAUGUGUUAUUGUGAAUGUAUUGUUGGCAGGUACAUGAUCGACUUAACACAUUGACUAGACUUUUAUUUUUUAUUCACUAUUACAUGAUUCAUCUAAAUAUGAGUUAUACAUAGAUUUAUCUGAAAUCAUAUGAAUUUUUGUUACUAUUAUCUAGAUACAUAUUGCAAUAUUUCCACUUGAACCAACUUCCACAAAUAUAUGUAAUAUUUUUUUGUUUGUUGUAUGGCAGGUUUAAUUACAUGGUUAGUGGUGUUAGCUUUAUACAUUAUCAGACACAAGAGUUACCAAGUUAACCUGAAUAUAGAACAAGAAUACAAUAAGUUUCUGUAUUAAUAAUUUAUUAAUUU